AUGAUGCUUACAACACGACGACCAACAAGUCGUAUUGAUAUGUAUGAUAAUACAACUUUACUUCAGCAUGAAUAUGAUACAAAUAUAAAUUUAAAGAAAACUGAUCUUUACUCUCCAUCACCACCACCAAUGUCUUAUCGUGAUUUACGUUCAUUUAUGUUUAAUAAAACACCAUUAUCAUCAGCAACAAAUGUUGUUAUUAUACCUGAAUCAUUGAAUUCAACACAAAAAUUAGUAAAAAAUUCAUCAAAUGUAAUAACGGUAGAAAGUCCUCGAAAAAAUUCACAUCGAAAAAAACAUAGUCGUCAAGGUAUCGAUGUAUAUCGGUCAUUGAUACGAACAGAUUCACGUUGUUCAGCAUCAUCCGAACGUGAUUUAACAAAUGAUGAAAUGAUGAUUUUAGCUAAUUCAUUUAUUAUUGAUCAUAUAAUAUCAACACCAACAAGUGGUUUUUUUCAUCCACAAAAUUUACCUAAUAUUCAAAGACAUCGUAUUAUUCAUAAUAGUGUUAGAAUUGGAAGUAGUUAUACAAAAAUAAGUCAUACAUCAUCACCAUCGUUAUAUAUUCAACAUUUUGGACGUAAACGAUCAACAACUCCGCAACGCAUACAUCGAACAUCACCUAUUGAUGUCCAACAUGAAACAACUACUAAUAAUAUGACAACAACAGCAACAACAACAAUAACAACAACAGAAUUUUCAUCACCUAUACCCGAAUCACAAACUCGUAAACAAUUACAUGUGUAUAUGCCACAUACUGUUUCUUGUUAG